AUGAUCCAAUUUGUCUCGGGCCUCAAUGACGGUAACCUGGGUAUUAUCCUUCCAAGCAUUAAAGCCCACUACGGCCUUAACCAAUACGUGGUUUCAAUCAUUUUCUUGUGCAAUGCUGCAGGGUAUAUGACAGCUGCUGUUUUGAAUGGCUAUCUGAUCCGCUCUACUUCACAAUCCAAAACUGCCUUACUUGGUGCCUGCUCCAUGAUUGUCGGCUACCUUGUCAACUUGUUUGCCGUACCGUUCCCGGUGAUGUGUAUUUUCAUGACAACGAUUGGAUUUGGUAUUGCAUUGACCCAAGCUGCCGCAAACGUAGUUUGUGGUGAAAUGCCUUAUGGCAUGCUUAUGUUGAGUUUUCUGCAUGCUUUCUAUGCAGGAGGUGCAUUAGUGGGUCCACUGUUAGCAUCGGGUCUUUUGAGCAGCCAAAAGCCAUGGAAUACUUCCUACAUGGUCUUCGCCACUACCGUUGCAGCAUCAACAACAACACCGUCUGACCAAGAAUCCAUGACUUGCAAAGAGCAAGCAAAUAGCAAGAACACUAACUUGCUAUCCCAGAUCUUCAAGUUCAGAAUCACAUCCAUUGGUGCUGUGUUUUUGCUCUUUUACACUGGCACUGAGGUAACGAUCGGCAACUGGGGUUAUACGUACUUGAUCAGCACCCGCAGCACGGAUACAAACGCGAUGGCCCAUUUGAUGACAGGUUACUGGGCUGGAAUCUGCGCUGGUCGACUGUUCCUUGGUUUUGCCACAUCGCGGUUCGGUGAGAAACGCAUGGUAUAUUGCUAUCUAGCCAUGAUUGUCGUCAUGAUGGUAUUGCUUUGGCUGCUGCCUUAUAUCGGCGCAAAUGCGACAUCGUUGGUGAUCACCGGUAUCAUGCUGGGCCCUAUCUUUCCAACCGUGGUUUCUGUGGCCCACAACAUUGUUCCUACUCAUUUGUACGCAACAUGUGUGGGAUUCUUAUCAGCCUUUGCCAGUGCAGGUACUGCACUCUUUCCAUACGCAACAGGUGUGCUUAUUGGAGCCGAGGGCGUAUCUGCCAUGUUGCCCUUUUGCAUUGCCACUAGCUGUGCCAUGCUGAUAAUGUGGUUCUUUGUUCCCGAUCCACGUCCUCCAACGAAAUUCUCUGCAAAAAUGAGAACUUGGAAAACCCAAAUUCUAACAUCUAUUCGCUCGUAG